CCCUGAAGACCCACGACGACCGCUACCUCCUCAACGGCGACUGGCUGAUCGACUGGCCGGGCGAGGUGGAGGCCGGCGGCUCGUCCUUCACCUACACCCGCGACGAGGCCGAUCACGAGACCCUCACUGCGCUCGGCCCCACCACCCAGGCCCUCGCGCUCAUGGUAUUACUACGAGAUCACAACCCAGGCAUUUACUACGAAUAUUGGCUGCCCUUCACCUCCACCGCCUCCACCACCACCACCACACCACCACCACCACCACCACCACCUCCACCAGAAGCUCUCAUCAUGGGCAGCAUCAACACCACCACCAUCACCACCACACCACCACCACCAAGAAUAGCAGCGAAUUUGAGAUCUUUAAAUACGAAAGGAGGAGGAGGAGGAGGAGGAGGAGGAAGAGAAGAGGAGGAAGGAAGAUUGAGGGAGGCAAAUGCUGUUACCGUAUUUGAAUGGAAAGGAAGAAGGCUAGGAGGAGGAGGAGGAGGAGGAGGAGGAUGGGGUGGAGGAGGAGGAGGAGGAGGUUGGGGAGUAGAAGGAAGACGAGGAGGAGGAGGAUGGAGGUCGUUCUGGUCUUCCUCCCCUUCCUCCUCCUCCUCCUCCUCCUCCCCCUCUCACCACAGACACAAUAACGAAAUACAUAAACACAGAAAAAUAGGAGGAAAAGGAGGAGGAGGAGGAGGAGUGGAGAGAAUAGGAGGAGGAGGAGAAGGAGGAGGAGGCGGAGGAGGAGGAGGAGAGGUGGAGGAGGGAUAUAAGCACAGGAUUACAUUGAGUCGAGAAGAUCCCCAGGGAAGAAGGAAGGAGGAGGAGGAGGAGGAGGAGGAGGAGAAGGAGGAGGACGAAGAAGCGAAGGAAGAAGAAGACAGGAAGAAGGAAAGAAGAAAAGAGAAGAAGAGGAGAAAGGAGAGGAAGAGAGGCCGGGAGAAGAAAGGAAGAAGGGAAGGGAAGAAGAAGAAGAGGAAGAAGGGGGAAGAAGAGGAAGAAGAGGAGGAGGAGGAAAAAGGAGGAGGAAGAUGUGCUCCCUGCAGAAGACAAAGAAGAAAAGCGAAGGAAAUAUUCUGUAUAAGUGAUUUUGUGUCACGCAUCCAGGUGGUCGGCGAGGAAGAGGUCCUGAACCAGCGCCGGUACGAGGUCAUAGUGAGCCAAUCCUACAAGAACACGGUCCCGCUCCUUCACAAAGAGUUCCUAUGGCUCCCCACGUCCUGCCGCUGCCCUAGGAUGCGGCGGGGGCACUCCUACAUCGUCAUGGGGGCUACGGAAGGCGCGGGGAGGGGCGGGAGGGAGUUGCGGCUGGUCUUAGGGAAGGAGAGUUAUGUGAAGAGGUUUCGGGAGAGGCAUUUGGCUAGGAUUCUUAAAGUCAGGCACAAUGAGAUGAGGUUUUGCCGGCCCUGGAGGAGAGAUUUGACGGCACUGUUCCCGCCCCAAGAGCCUCUGGAGUCGAUCCCGUCCUCUUCGGCUGCUGGAAUGGAGGCUUCGUCUCUUGAUGGGUUUGGUUUGUCUUCUUCUUCUUCUUCUUCUACUUCCUCUUCUGCUCUUUCAUCUUCUGCUUUGGGUCUGCCUUCUUCAUCUCCUGGGUUGUUCUCGUCUUCUUCCUCCUCUUCUUCCUCUUCUUCUUCUUUAUCUUCUGAGUUGUCUGGAUCUUCUUCUUCUUCUUCUUCUGAGUUUGUGUUGUCUUCUUCUUCUUCCUCUUCUUCUUCUUAGAGCGGGAAAGUUACGUUUUAAGUCAACGGUUUAGAAAAAAAGGCAUUUAUCUAUUUCUUCUUCUUCUUCUUCUUCUUCUGGGUUCUGUACUAGUGGUCAAGAGUUAGCUAGCGGAGUGUAUAUUCUCUCUCUCUCUCUCUCUCUCUCUCUCUCGCUCGCUCUAAUAUUAACGAGCACGGACGCGGAAGAAAAAGAACAAAAAACAACAACAAAACAAAGAAUAAUGGUCAAGGAAAGAAAGAAAGAAAAAAAGGAGAAUAAAAAAGAUUGAGCCGACGAAGCGGAAAAUGAAAAAAAAAGAUAAACAAAAAUAGAAAUGAAAAAAAUAAAGAAAAAUAAUGAGAGGAGAGGGAAAAAAAAUCUGCAAUACCAAUUAGUGAGGACGUCGGGGCGUGAACGACCUCCGGAAAGAACCAACGAGUCGGCGACCCUCCACGACCCUCCACGACCCUCCACGACCCCCGUAAAAAUAAAUUAAUAAAUAUGAAGGAAAAAAACGAAGGGAACGGACGAGUAGGCUUACGAUUUUGACAUGCUGCUGCUGAUGAUGAUGGAGAGGAGAGAAGAAGAAGAGGAGGAGGAGGAAAAGAAGGAGAGAGAGAAAAGAAGAAGAGAAAAAGAAAGGGUGAAGAAGAUGAACAAGAGAAGAAGAGGAGGAGGAGGAAAAGAUGGAGAGAGGAAGAAGAAGAAGAAAAAAAAGGGGGAAGAAGAUGAGGAAAAAAAGAAGAAAAAAAAAGAAAAUGUGAAGAAAAGAGGAGGAGGAGGAGGAAAAGAAGAGAGGAAGAAGAAAAAACGAUGAAGAAGAGGAGGAGGAAAAGAAAGAGGAAGAAGAAGAAAAAAGAAAAGAUGAAGAAAAGGAGGAGGAAAAGAAAGAGAGGAAGAAGAAGAAAAAAAGAAAAGGUUAAGAAGAAGAGGAGGAGGAGGAGAAGGAGGAAAAGAAGGAGAGAGGAAGAAGAAGAAAAAAAGAAAAGAUGAAGAUGCAGAAGAUGGGGAGAAGAAAAAGAAGAGAUGAUUUUUAGAUGAUUAUGAACGAAAGGAGAAAUGAAGAGAAGGAGAAAAGAAGAGGAAGAAGAAGAGAAUAGAUGAUGAUGACGAAUGAAGGAAAGAAGAGAAAGAGGAGGAGAAAAGAGAAGAAGAGAUGAUUUUUAGAGAAGAAGAAGAAAAGAUGAUUUUGAGAUAUUGAUGACGACGAUGAUGCGCCUAUAAGUUACACAAAAGAUGGAAAAUUGAUGGAAAGAAGCAGAUGGAUGGAAAAUGGAAGAAGGAUAAACCAAAACGAGAAAAAUAAGAAUGAUGAUUGAAAAAAUGAAAUAAAAGAAAAAUGGAGGGAAAACAUGAGAAAUGAAAUGAAAGGAGAGAAGGAAGAAAGGGAGAGAAAACGUCGUGAAAGGAGAGAAGGAAGAAAGGGAGAGAAAACACCGUGAAAGGAGAGAAGGAAGGAAGGGAGAGAAAACGCCGUGAAAGGAGAGAAGGAAGAAAGGGAGAGAAAACGCUGUGAAAGGA